AUGGGAAACACAAAAGAAGGCUUAUGCAAUUCCAUUAUUGGAAGAAUUCUAUUUUUUGUAGUGACAACAUGUGCUUUGGAUUGCUAUGUGGACAGUAAUGUCAAUCAUGUAAGUUUGGCAAUUUUUAAUUCGCUUUAUGAAUAGCACAAGUUUUUUCUGUUAAAUAACUCACUUAUUAUACUACACAUUAGCAGAGCUUAAAACUGUAUACUUUCAAAUUUUUUAGAAAAAUGUUGACGUUAUUGCUGGUCAUGAUGUUUGCAUCUUUGAACCGGCAGUAAAAUCUCGUUCAUUGAUGGCCAAACGUUACGGUGUAUCAGAAAUUGAAGAAAGAGAAGACCUAAAAGAGAUACAAAAGUUUUUGUCUAAGAAUGAAGGAAGUUACUCAACUUUGUCUUUAUGCUCAAAUCAACUUGUGAAGCCAUCGGAAAUGGAUUAUGCUGGCAGUAAUUACUCUAAAAUUUUAUGUUUUUGUAACUCUGAUUUGUGCAACCGUGGAACUUCCGUAGAAGAUUUCUUAAAUCACCAAAUUGAAAGUGACAAAGGAAAACACUACGCCAGACACAUGGUUGACUAA